UCUUCACCCCUAGAUUGUUGUAGCCAAAACAUUUUCGAGUUUUUUCACAAACUUCCAGGGUUUUAAAAGUUAUUGAAAAUAGAUACUGUGCUUUUCGUAUGUGUACAUUGCUUUAAAGUUAUAGUAAAAUUGGAUCAACGAAAACCGUCACAUUAUUGCGAAGCAUUUGGCGUAGCCAGCAGCAGCGACUACAGCAAAUCGGCAAACAAGCGGUGGUUUUUAGUGGCACAAAAUCAACGCAACCGCAGCCUGUUCUUAGUACCAGCAGUCCCGGCAGCAAUAGCAAUAGAAGCGACCCGGUAAUCACCAGCACCCCAACAGCAGCAGUAGCAGCCGUUUGUAGUCACAUCAUGAGUGGUCGGUAUCGUGGUGGCGGCGGAGGUGGCGGUCGUUACGGUGGCGGAGGAGGAGGUGGAGGCUAUGGCGGCGGCUACAACGAUUUUGAUAACUAUAGGGGUGGCGGCGGUGGUGGAGGUUACAAUGAUAACUUCGGCCCUGGUCCAAAUCCUUUCAACAUGGGUCCCAACAUCUCUGGCAACGAUCUAAUGCAUCUGAUGAACGCCAUGGCCAGUAAUUUCAGCAUGAACUCGCAGCCGCCACAGCCGAUGCGUCGCAGUUGCGGCGAACUGCGGAAUCAUCACUGUGGUAUGUUUGUUGAGCUGUCGGGACGUUUGAUUAAGAAGCGAGUCAAUCGUUUUGCCGAGCUGCGCGAUCGCAAUGGGGGCGCUUGUCAACUGGUAGUGCUGGAGGACAAGCAUCCAAGAGUGGCGCGGCGCAUGAACAAUAUGCCAGAAAACACAACAUUGACCAUAGUGGGUCAGGUGAUGCAACGGCCACAGAAUUCUUGCAAUCAAACCAUGCCCACUGGUGAAAUUGAAGUGGAAGUCCAGGACAUACUCAGCAUACAUUUCCCGGCAAGUGGUACAAAGCGAGCCGGCGAUAAGCGCACCUACAGCACCAUGGUGCAGCAACAGAGCAGCCUCGGUAUCACCAGCACCGAAUACAAGAUUGCCAAGAACGAGAACAUCUUGAAGUACUUUGAGAAUCGCGACAUUACAUGCAACGAUCUGCGGCGUGAGGAUGUAGGCAAAACAGUCACCUUGGUGGGUUGGAUACCCACCACCAAGAAUAACAAGUUCUUGCAGCUAAAGGAUGGCUAUGGUCAGACACAGCUCAUGAUCGAGGAUCAAUCCCUAACGGACACAUUCCUCUCCACGCCAGAACAAACUGUGCUACAAAUUGUAGGCAAAGUGCUGGGCAGGCCCAAGGCAAACAUUAAUUUAAAAUACGAUACCGGCGAGGUGGAAGUGAGCGUAACAAGUGUCAAGAUCUUGAAUCCAGAUGACGCUUAUGAAGGACCCAUCAAAGCCAAGGCGAAACUGCAAAAGAUGUCGAUCGAUGAUCUCGAGAGUGAGGAGGCAGCUGAGGCCGCAGCAGCUGUUGCUUCCGCUUCAACCAGUAGUAAUAAUGGCGACGGCAGCGCCAUGGAAACCAGUGAAGUGGCCAGCACAAGUGCUGUGCCGUUAACGUCAGAGCAACGUGUCAAAAUCGCAGAUACCAAUAAGUUUGCAGAUCGCACACACAACUGCGGUGAACUGACGUCCAAUGAGAUUAAUGAGAAGGUUGUCAUCUGCGGCUGGCUGGAAUUUCAGCGCAUGAACAAGUUCUUCAUAUUGCGUGAUGCUUACGGCCAGACACAAGUACUAAUAAUGCCCAAGACAAAGGGUCUAGAGGAAUAUGCUGAGACAGCGGUACCCAUUGAGUCGAUUGUGCGUGUGGAGGGCACAGUAAUACCGCGUCCAGCGGCCACAAUUAAUCCAAAGAUGACCACGGGACAUGUGGAAAUUGAAGCCGACAAAGUGGACAUACUGAAUGCAGCCAAAAAGAAUCUGCCAUUUGAGAUACGUAAAUUCAAUAAGGCUGGGGAACGCUUGCGUUUGACACAUCGUUAUUUGGACUUGCGUUUCAAUGAUAUGCAGCACAAUUUGCGUUUGCGUUCCAGUGUCAUAAUGCGCAUGCGCGAAUAUUUGAUUAACUAUUUGGGUUUCGUGGAGGUCGAGACGCCUACGCUGUUUCGUCGUACACCUGGCGGCGCACAGGAGUUUGUUGUGCCCACACGUAAGGCGGGACACUUUUAUUCGCUGGUUCAGAGUCCGCAGCAAUUCAAACAGAUGCUGAUGGCGGGUAGCAUUGAUCGUUACUUUCAGGUGGCGCGUUGCUAUCGCGACGAGGCCACGCGACCGGAUCGCCAGCCCGAGUUUACCCAGUUGGAUGUGGAGUUGUCGUUUACCAGUCGCGAUGAUAUUAUGCAAUUGAUUGAAGAAACGUUGCGCUACUCGUGGCCAAAGCAUUUGCCCAAGCUGCAAACGCCAUUCCGUCGCAUCACAUACGAGGAAGCUAUGGAAAAAUAUGGUUGCGAUAAGCCCGAUACGCGUUUUGGUUUUCUGCUGAACAACGUCUCGGACAUCAUUGAGAAGAGCGAGAAUUUCAAGGGCAAAUACGAGGAUUUUGGUGCCUAUGCCAUUGUGGUGCGUGCCAGCGAGGCUUUCUGGAAUGGCGCCGCUCGCAAGCACUACGAGAGUCUGAGCAAGGUGUUCUCGGGCACGUUGUUUGUGCGUAAGUUCAACUUCGCCAAGGAUGUGCAGGAGCGACUCACCAAGCUGCUGGGCAACGACGUGGCCACUGAAGUUAUUGAAAAAUUCGAUCUAGAAGAGAACGAUUUACUUUUCCUCUGCAUUGGACCCAAAGUCGAGACGCGCAAUCUGUUGGGUCGUAUACGCUUGGACUAUCAAGAGUUUCUGGUGGAGAAUGCAAAGGCCAAAAAGUCAUAUGAUUUCCGCUUUUUGUGGGUCAUUGAUUUCCCGCUGUUUGAGCGCAACAAUGUUACCAAGCAGCUGGAGAGCGUGCAUCAUCCAUUUACGGCGCCGCUGGUCGAUGACUUGGACAAAUUUGCCACCAGUUGCGAUAAUCUCGAGACAAUACGUUCGGAGGCCUACGAUUUGGUACUCAAUGGCCAGGAAGUGGGAGGCGGUUCGAUGCGUAUACACGAUCGCGACAUGCAACAGUUUAUAUUAGAGCAAGUGCUCAAGAUACCGCAUGAUCAUCUGUCGCACUUGCUGAGCGCUCUGGAGUCCGGUUGUCCGCCCCAUGGCGGCAUCGCAUUGGGUUUGGAUCGCCUAAUUGCCAUCUUGUGCCGUGCACGCUCCAUACGCGAUGUGAUUGCAUUCCCCAAGUCGUUGAAUGGUCGCGAUCCGCUCUCAAAUGCCCCUGUGCCCAUUUCAGACGAGGAAAUGAAGCUUUAUCAUCUUGCCAUACAGGAUACGGAGGAGAAUGAGGAUAGCAGAAGCACAAAUAACACAGCCGACGAGCAGGAGGACGAUGAUCCGGACGCAGUGCGUGCGCCACCAUCGCCCAUGUCGGCUACCAGUGAGACAGAGAACCGCGAAAUGGAUGUGGAAGUCAAAGCGGAGACUGAGCCAGUGUCAACUGUGGUUUUGGACGUAGCGCCGACCAUUAAGGAGGAACAAAAGGAGGAGGACGCCACAAUGACGGCGGUAGAGGCCACAGAAACAGAAGUUGUCGUUAAGGAAGCAACACCACCGCCUGCAACAGAAGCAGCACCUGAUGCAGCGCCCGCUGCACCAGCGACACGAGCCAAACGUGUCAUCAAAAAGAAGGUGUAGAGCGGUCCAGUCUGAAGCGUUGCAGCAAAUGAGUUUAAAACCCCAUCGUCAGCGGCAAAUAAUAGAUACGACUUAGCAUUUUAAACAUAAGUGAAGCUCAAACCCAAGCAAUGCAAUCAGAUCACGUAGCGAAGUCUCCAGCAAAUGGAGAAUUUCGGUUUCCCAUCGAAUUGUAUUUGCGAAUAUUGUGUCGUGUUUUGUGCACUCCAAAUUAGUUAUUUUCCCAAUACCCAUUUUUGUCACACGUCCCUCACAUGCAACAGAGACGCACUUCUCCGAUAAGAAGAAGAUGCGUUCUCGAAAACUUUCAUAAGUCCACUUUUAAUCAUAUGGCAAUUUAUUACAAUUUACAAUUAAACAUAAUACAAAAUAUAAGUAUACAAGCAUAUGUAUUUAUCU